AUGUGGGUGAGGCUUCUUGAAUUACCAAUAGAGUUUUAUGAUGUUGCUGUCCUUAGAGAAAUUGGAAAUGCUAUUGGACCUGUUCUUCGUAUUGAUUCGUAUACAGCAUCUGAAUCUAGAGGGAGCUAUGCCAGACUUUGUGUACAAGUGGAUUUGGACAAACCACUUAUCACCUCUGUUCAUGUGGGCAAAUUGGUUCAAAGGGUCACAUAUGAAGGUGUUUCAACAAUUUGUUUUUCUUGUGGCCGUUUGGGACAUAAGCGUGAUUCUUGCCCGUACUAUAUCAAACCUGCUGUUAGAGAAGAAAUAGUUUUAAAUGAGAAUAUCUCAACUGAACAAAAAGAAACCAACCAGUUGGAUUCCAACUAUGGACCCUAG